UCCAAAGAGUGUAUGAUGUUUGCCUGCGCCAAGCUCGCUUGCAUCCCUGUUCUGAUCCGAGCUGGAUCCAGAGUUGCAUACAGACCAAUUUCUGCAUCAUUGUUAUAUCGACCAGAGGCUAGGACUGGAGAGCACUCUACAGUAUUUAAUCGGGCCCAGAAUGGUGUGCCUCAGCUAAUCCAAAGGGAGUUUCCAACCAGUGCAAUCAGGAGAGACAUUGAUACUGCUGCCAAAUUUAUUGGUGCAGGUGCUGCAACAGUGGGAGUGGCUGGUUCUGGUGCUGGUAUUGGAACAGUCUUUGGCAGCUUUAUCACUGGUUAUGCCAGAAACCCUUUGCUGAAGCAGCAGCAGUUUUCAUAUGCUAUCCUGGGAUUUGCCUUGUCUGAAGCUCUGGGUCUCUUUUGUUUGAUGGUUGCUUUCUUGAUUUUGUUUGCUAUGUAACAGAAAUUACUGCUUGAAAUGUUGGCAUUCAUAUUAAUU